AUGCCAUUUACCGGAUGGUCCGAUGAGGAAAUUAUCAUCCUCGUUUAUUAUACAUCCAGGGGCUUCAAGCCCUCAAUUGUUGCUGAGAUUCUCUCUCGACGGCAAUUCUCGCGCAGUUUGGAGUCCAUUGAAACCAUGAUAUUGGAAAUUGUGAACGAUAAUCCAACCCUCCAGGUAGAACCCGGCUUAUGGGACAAUCAAUCUGUUGAUCAGUGGAUCGACGCCCUCUCUCUGGACCAUCAGACAGUCAGUAGGCUGAUUCAGUUCACGGAAGCCGACGCCAACAUGGUUGAAGAGGUUUGA